AGCCGCCCAGGAUGUUUCUCUGAAAUGUACGUGUCACUUUCGGAUAUUGGACAUCAUAAAUACUACUUUACUUUCAUGUCUUCUUGUCGACGCACACACAUUUAGAAAGAUGGCAGAGCCUAGCAAGCAGGACAUUUGUGCCAUUUUCAAGCGACUUCGUUCCAUUCCCACGAAUAAGGUUUGUUUUGACUGCUCAGCAAAAAAUCCCAGUUGGGCCAGCAUCACCUACGGCGUGUUCUUGUGUAUAGACUGUUCUGGAUCACACAGGUCUCUCGGGGUGCACCUGUCCUUCAUUCGGUCCACUGAGCUGGAUUUUAAUUGGUCAUGGUACCAGCUAAGAUGCAUUCAAGUAGGAGGGAACGCCAGCGCGACGGUGUUCUUCAACCAGCACGGCUGCACGGCCAACGCGGCCAACACAAAAUACAACAGCAGAGCCGCUCAACUGUACAGAGAGAAGAUCAAGACUUUGGCCACACAGGCCACCAAAUGCCACGGUACAGAGCUGUGGUUGGACAGUCAGGGCGGCCCAUUGAGCGCGUCACCGGAAGACAAACACGUCGAUUUCUUCAGUCUCCACUCGCAGGAGGUGCCGGAAAAUUUAGGCCAGAUGAGCCUCAGUUCUGCUGCGUCAGCGACGAGAGGAAACGAGGAAGGCAAAAAUGCAGGCAACGCUGAGGACGGCCCCAGCGUGGACCUGCUGAGUGCUUCUCCUAAAGCAGGUCCAGAACCUUCAUCUCUUCUCAAGAAGAAGCCGACCACCAGCAAGAAAACGUUGGCAGCAAAGAAAGGAGGUUUAGGCGCUCAGAAGGUGAGCAGCAAGAGCUUCACGGAGUUGGAGAAGAAGGCCCAAGCUGCCGACAAGCUGCGAGAGAAAGAGGAGAACGCCGCCGGCGACAAGAAGAGCGGCGCUCCCGCUGAGGAGGCCAUUGCUCCGUCCAUGCGUCUGGCGUACAAGGAGCUGGAAGAGCAGAGGCGAAAAGACGAGCAGAAGCUGAAGAAUCUGGAGGGGAAGAAGCGGGAGCAAGCAGAGAGACUGGGAAUGGGGCUCGGCGUCAGGAGUGGCGUCUCUCACUCUGUCAUGUCCGACAUGCACAUCAUCCAGCAGGAGCGCCCCCUGGCGGCCAGGACCACCAAGCCAGCACGCUUCACCGAUGAGGAGGAAGGGGAUGAGGGAACCCUUAACUCCGGGUUCAUGUCACGCUACGACAAAAGCGAAUCCUCGGAUCUUUAUUCCUCCCUAUGGCGCAAGAAACCCGAGCCGGACUUCUUCCUCAGCUCCGCCAUCACCUCACUAGACGAGCGGCCCGCCAGCCGCAGGAAAGCCGAGCCGGUGCCGGUGGUGGACAAGGGAGAAGCUCAGAGGAAGUUCGGCGAGAACGUCAAAGCCAUUUCCUCGGAUAUGUACUUUGGAAAACGGGACAACACUGAGUACGAAGCCAAGACCCGCCUGGAGAGAUUCGCCGGGAGUUCUGCCAUCAGCUCGGCCGACCUGUUUGACGAGCCAAUGAAACCGAGCGCCAACUCGUACCGCUUGACUGACAUGCUGCCCAACGCUCCCGACAUCACGCAGCUGAAAAUGGGAGUGCGCUCCGUCGCCGGGAAGCUCUCCGUCAUGGCCAGCGGCGUCGUUAACACCAUUCAGGAUCACUACACUUCCUGAACAUCAAAUCAGAAGACGAAUACCGGGAACGGAUUUUUCUGGAGCACCCAUACAGCUAAAGGGUUGGUCACAACAUUAGGCACAAUUGCACCAUUUAAAAACAUCCAAUAAGAACGCUGUGUCCAAAAUUGUGCCAUUAAUUUGGUUUGACUUUGCAGUGCAGCAGUCUGACCAAGUUCCGACUGUAACAAUAACACGUACUGUGUACUACAGGAUAUAUACACACGUACUCUGUACUACAGGAUGUAGCAUAUGAAGGUCUCUGCUGAUAUGAAGGUUAUCUUUCCUCUACCCCCCCCCCAAAGUGCACUUAUAUUUUGGGACACGACCAAAAAAUAUACACUUCAUACUUUCUAGUUAGUAAUCAUUAUGAAGUACCCAGCUAAUAUUGCGGUAGCUUUUUUUCUUUUUUGCGUGCGUUUGCAGGCCAUGCACCUUCCUCUGACUCUUUUAGGAAUGUAUAUAUAUCGGACACAUCUCAUAUUACUGCAGUUUUGCACGAGUAUUUCCUAUGUGUAUUUAGAUUUGAGACAUUUUGUGUUGGAAUGGGUUCACUUCCUGGUGUAUGGGAUUCCUAAAUUGUAGGGAUGCUGUUUUUUUUUUAAUAACGAAGGUGGAUGUUUUGAGCCUGCCUCGUUCUUUUUUUUUUUUUUUUGCCGCUUUGAGACAAGGAUCCUAUUUUUAAUUUGGACAGGUGGUGGCACGCUUGGUUUUAUUGCAAUAAUUACAUUUAAUUCAGUUAUUGCAGCUCAGUGGUCACACACGGAAUGGACAUUAAUAACAAAGUGUGCAUGUUUGAAGAGUCUUUCAGGAUAAACAUUUACACCAAAUAUUUCUUCACUUUAUCCCUUAAAAUCCAAAGAUUGUCAUACCACUCAUUCACUUUUAUUGUGCUGUACUUUGGAGAGUAGUAGUUACCUUUUUUUUGCAUUUGCUUGAAAUUGCACAUUACAAUUUGAUUUUUUUAUUAUUAUUUUUUUAAAAGUCGGGAGGACCUCAGCAUUACAUAUAAAAUAAUAAUUAUUGAUUUGUCAUAGGGACAAAAAGUAGCCAUUCCAUAGCUAUGGAUGCCUCACUAUUUUUCCGUUUUCUGAUUUUUUAAAAAAAAUUUUAUAACUUUAUUGCUAUCAUCGAUAUCUCAUUAUUAAUGUAAUUAGCUUUACCAACAUACAUAAAUGCUUAAUUACUUUGUCACUUUUUGUGACAAGAGCUAGAGAGAAAAAACAUGGCUGGAUGUCUCACUUUUUAUUGCGAUGGACAUUUUUUUUUAUUAUUACGUAAUAAAUAUUGGUCAUGGCAGCAACGUUUAUGGGGUUGUGUUAGUUAGUGUUAUGUAAAAGAAUAUCAAUACUGGAAUAGCAAAACUGUCAAAG